GGAGGAGGAGGAGGCACAGGCGGAGCACCACUUUCGUCGAGGCGCUCAGUGGGCGCUCCCGCAGCACGCCCGACGGACUCGCUGUCUCGGGGCUCCCUCCCGAUCUCCCCUUUUCCUCGCUGUACACGAGUUAGAUUCACGUCUUGUACGGGUUUUCAUUCUAAGCAACCCCCGCCCCGCCCCCGCCCCUCCCACGAUGGCACUGGUAUUUACCCUCUAGAUUGAGAAGUGCCCCGCGCAGGCCCUCUAGCACAGACUUCCUUGCCCCUCUCCCCCCACCCCCUGUGACGUAAACCCGCCCGCCGCCUUCCUCCUCCCCCUGUAGUUUGUACACAAUUUAUAACAACGUUGACAUUUCUGGCACAGGAAGUACAGCGGCGGCGGCGGCGGCGGCGGUUGUUUUAUCGCCUCCGCAGAAAGUUUUAGUUCAGUUCGCGUUAUCGUCGCCUCGCGGUGUGACAAAAACUUUCUCGCGCGGUGUUGAUAAGCUUCCAAGUCCGGCCGGUGUUUUGGUAUUGCUAGGCUACGUUUUUUUUCAUUUAUCGGCUGCGUUGUUUUGAACUGUUUGCUCAUGGUGUGGAGGUGGCGGCGGCGGGCUUGGACUGCGAAGGAGUCGAGUCGUGUUUUUAAUUUUAACGAAAAGCUACUUUAUUGUUGUCUGUGAGGUGCUGCGAAGUAUGUUGAUGUGUGCUUAGGAAUAUCGUAAAGGAAAAAAAAAGUAAAUGUAAGAGCAAGAGAGACCCUAAACGAGAUUACGGCUUCCGUAGUGUGGCGUCCAUGAAGAGCAAUGCGAAAUGGUUAUGACUUUGGUGUGACCGUAUUAUUCAGGAGAGCUGAUCGAGUGCUGCAGCGCGACAUCUUGACUCAGCAGAAAGUUGUCUCCUUAGAAAUCGCAGAAGCUGUUUCGAUGUCCGCAUGACUUCACAAGCUUUGUCAACGGCGGUGCCAUGUGAAUCAGCUGUGCCUGGCGCGAAGGGACACCCACUGCACCGCUCUUGGCACUCGCGCGCGAAGCAGCCGUGGCACACGUCAUGGGUAAACGAAUGAACGUGGCAGCGGGCAGGAGCCCAGGGCAGGGCAUAUAGGAGCGUGUCCUGGGAGACAUGGGGACCUACGACAUUCCAACGCCUGUGGAUGAUGACUCGGCCGGCGGAGGCAGCGACGGCGAGGGCGGGGGAGGCCUGGGCGGCGGCGGAGGGGCUGGCGCGAACCAGGACUUCCGCACGGUGUACCUCAACGAGCCCCAGCCUUACAAGUACUGCUCGAACGCCAUCUGUACUGCCAAAUACCGCUACAAAUUGCUAUUCUUCCUUCCAAUGUUCCUCUUCGAGCAGUUUCGGCGAUAUGCCAACGUCUUCUUCCUCAUCAUCGCUCUGCUACAGCAAAUCCCAGGAGUAUCCCCAACAGGUCGUUACACCACCCUGGUCCCUCUCAUCUGCAUCUUUGGUGGGAUAUCUGCCAUAUCAGGAGAUAGCUAG